AUGGCAACCUGUUGUCUCCGCUUCCCGCUCUCUCCAUGGCUGCUCCUCAAAACCCCAAAGCCAAAACCCUCCUUUAGAUUUCCAUUUCCAGUUCUACCCUCCUCAAGACACAUUCAACUAUUAUAUCUCUGCUCUUCCUCUCAAUCUCCGCCGUCCAUUUCUCCUCCCUUAACAGACUCAAACUCAAAUCAGUCCCUCCAUUCAAAAUGGGAACCCAUUCGAAAGAAAAAGGUUGUCUUGCGGGUUGGCUAUGUGGGUACUGAUUAUAGAGGCCUUCAAAAGCAACACGACGAGCAUUCGUUAUUAACUAUUGAAGGAGAAUUGGAGCGUGCUAUAUAUGAGGCUGGUGGGAUUCGUGAAAGUAAUUAUGGCAAUUUGAAUAAAGUUUCCUGGGCUAGAAGUAGCCGGACGGACAAAGGAGUUCAUUCUUUGGCAACAACAAUAACAAUGAAAAUGGAGAUACCAGAAAAUGCAUGGAAGGACGACCUUUGUGGAAUGGAUCUUGCAAAACAUGUUAACUCUUAUCUUCCUGAUAGUAUUAGAGUUUUGAGCAUCUUACCUGCACAGAAGAGUUUUGAUCCUAGAAGGGAGUGUGAUAUACGGAAAUAUUCUUAUCUCCUUCCUGCCGAAGUUAUUGGCAUCACAAGUCACUUUAGUAAGGCUCAAAUUGAUGAUCACAUAUCAGACUUCAAGAAAAUAUUAAAUGCCUUUGAGGGAGAUCAUCCUUUCCAUAAUUAUACGGUGCGGUCCAAGUACCGGAGAAAAUUUCCAACAAAUGGCCUCGUGUCAAAGAGAGCAAGAUCAUCUGGUGGGACAUCAGCUUCUGGAUCUGAGGAGAGUGAUGAGGAAGAAAAUUUGGAAAUUGACGGAACGAUUUCAUUAGAUCAUGCAGAAUUGAGUCAGAACUCUAUGGAAUCCAGCAUUUGUCAUCUGAAUGGGGAUAUAUUGAAGGAUCAAAGUUCAAAUACACCUCUUCAUGCAAGAUGGCUACAUGAACCUGAUGAGACAGACAGAAUAGGUGCUGCCCACUUCAGAAAGAUUUUCCGCUGUUCUUGUGGAAAGCUGGAGAAAUCUCUUGGAUUUGAUUUUAUUGAGAUUUCUAUAUGGGGAGAGUCUUUCAUGUUACAUCAGAUCCGCAAAAUGAUAGGGACUGCUGUCGCCAUAAAGCGGAAGGUACUUCCAAGAGAUAUCAUAAUGUUGUCACUGGCAAAGUUCUCAAGGAUUGUCCUACCCCUUGCUCCAUCUGAAGUUCUGAUUUUGAGGGCCAACGAUUUUUCUUUGAGAAAAAAAUCUGGCGAAGGAAAAAGGCCUGAAAUGGAGACAAUGGUCGAAUCGAAAGAGAUUCUCAAGGCUGUGAAUGAGUUUUAUACUACUAUGAUGCUACCUCAAGUUUCAAAAUUCUUGGACCCUUGUAAGCCUCCCUGGAAAGAAUGGGUUGAGAAUUUGGACGAGUACACAAGCAUCCCUGAUGCACAAUUGGACGAAGUCAGGAGUGCUUGGAAAGUCUGGAAGGAAAAUUUUCAGAUCAGAAAAGGCAUUGCAUCAGCCGUAAAUCAGUGA